GUCCCAAGUUGCGGCUUAACCCGUGCACCAUAGUGCCUGCUUCAGCAGCCUUCUUUCUUGAUUUCUUUUUUAAAGAUUUAUUUAUUUGAAAGAGUUACACAGAGAGAAGGAGAGGCAGAGAGAGAGACAGAGACAGAGACAGAGAGAGAGAGAGAGAGAGAGAGGUCUUCCCUAUGCCGGUUUACUCCCCAUUUGGCCGCAAUGGCUGGAGCUGCACCAAUCCAAAGCCAGGAGCCAGGAGCUUCUUCCGGGUUUCCCACAUGGGUGCAGUCAAAGCAUAUCCUUCAAGACUUUUAUGGGUGCCAAUUGCAGGGAAGAAAAGGUAUACAGAGUUCCCUCCAUUCCUUCAAAAUGGUUUCUUAAAACCAGAGGGCUUCCAGGAAGCCUCACCUCAUAUGUGUCUCUUCCAGUGUGGGGCUGUGAUGUGGGGAGGGCUCCAGCCUAGGGCCCUCUGACCUGGGUAGAAAUAAACUAGUGCUGCUCUGUUGGUGCCACUCUGACCCCAUCCCCUGCCCUGUCCAGGAAUCAGCUUAUCAGCUUGUGGGGCGGAAGCCAGACACACUCCCCAACCCGCCGCAAACUCUGGGUGUGAAACUUGUCCUGGCACUUACCCCUCUCAUAAAACAAAGGCAAAGCUUCAAGUCCCCACCUGCUCACUUACUUGUGCAAGACCUCAGAUUACUCAUGUGUAAAACAGUGACAGAGGGAUCAGUGUUGUAGCAUAGCCGGUGAAGUUGCUGCCUUGUGAUGCUGGCAUCUCACACUGGAGCGCUCGUUCAGGUCCUGGCUGCUCUCUUUGCAAUGCAGUUCCCUCGUAAUGCACCUGGGAAAGCAGCCAAAGAUGGCGCAAGGAUUUGGGCCCCUGUCACCCACAUGGGAGACCCACAUGGAGUUCCAGGCUCCUGGCUGAGUCCUGAGCCUCGAUUGUUGUAGCCAUUUGGAAAGUGAACCAGUGGAUGGAAGACCUCUUUCUAUUUCUUUUUGUUCCUCUUUCUCUCUGCCUUUCAAAUAAAAAUAAAUCUUCAAGAAAAAAAAAAACAACAAUACAAUUAUACCCACAUGACCUGGUGGCUGGGAGGACACAUGAAAAGGAGAGCAGCACUUGGCGCGGCAUCCGGAACAAGGCUGUACUCAGAGAAGCUGCCCUGGUCGCUGGCCUGAGUCUCCUCUCUCUGUCCUCCUUCAGGAGCCACCUGUGUCCAGAGAUCAGAAGAUGCCCCAGUCAAGCCUGCAUCCAGCCAUCCCACGACCCAGGGGUCAUGGGGCCGAGAAGGCAGCCUUGGUUCUGCUGGGUGUCUGUCUGGUGUCCCUUUGGGGGCUGGGGGAGCCCCCAGAGCACACUCUGCGGUGCCUGGUGCUCCACCUGGCCUCCCUACAGCUGGGACUGCUGUUGAAAGGGGCCUGCUGUCUGGCGGAGGAGCUGUGCCACAUCCACUCCAGGUACCAGAGCAGCUAUUGGAAGGCCAUGCGGUCCUGCCUGGGCUGCCCCAUCCGCCACGGGGCCCUGAUGCUGCUGUCCUGCUAUUUCUACUCCUCCCUCCCGAAUGUGGCAGGCCUGCCCCUCUCAUGGAUGCUUGCCCUCCUGGGCCUCUCCCAGGCACUGAACAUCCUCCUGGGCCUACAGAGCCUGACCCCCGCUGAGGUCUCUACAAUCUGUGAAAGAAAGAACUUCAAUGUGGCCCACGGGCUGGCAUGGUCGUACUACAUUGGGUACCUGCGGCUGAUCCUGCCAGGGCUCCACGCUCGGAUCCACGCUUACAAUCAACUCCACAACAACAUACUAUCGGGCAUGGGCAGCCGGCGCCUGUACGUCCUCUUCCCAUUGGACUGUGGGGUGCCUGAUGACCUGAGCAUGGCCGACCCCAACAUUCGUUUCCUGCAUAUGCUGCCCCAGCAGAACACUGACCGUGCUGGCAUCAAGGGUCGGGCUUACAGCAACAGUGUCUAUGAGAUUCUAGAGAAUGGGCAGCCGGCAGCUGCCUGUGUCCUGGAGUAUGCCACCCCUCUGCAGACCUUGUUUGCCAUGUCACAGGAUGGCCGGGCUGGCUUUAGCCGUGAGGAUCGGCUGGAGCAGGCCAAACUCUUCUGCCGGACACUCGAGGACAUCCUGGCAGAGGCCCCGGAGUUUCAGAACAACUGCUGCCUCAUUGUCUACCAGGAACCUGCCGAGGGAAGCAGUUUCUCCCUGUCACAGGAGGUUCUCCGGCACCUGCGGCAGCAGGAAAGGGAGGAGGUCAUGGUGGGCCAUGUGGGGCCCCUGGCAGUCCAUGGUUCCCCCUGCACGCUGUCCCAAGAGCCCCAGCUCCUCAUCAGUGGCAUGGAGCAGCCUCUCCCACUGCGCACUGAUGUCUUCUGAGACCAGGCUCUCCUUGCCCGAGCCUCCGGUGAUCCCAAGACUCUGGUGGGGGCUUGCUUCAGCAGCUGAAUGUCCCGCAGAGCCAUGUCCUCCCACAGGCGGCCUGGCAGAGCAAGGCUCUGGAUGUGACGUCUCAGCAUGGGUCCUAUCUGUGUCCUUGGGCCACCUCACCUCUCUGAGCUUCAGCUCCUCGUCUGUGAAAUGGGAGCCUCAUCACCUUCCUGCCACACAGCGUUGUGGUGUGAGGACUAGGAGUGUGUGCAAGUGUUUUGUGAAUGCUGAAUACCAUGCAAACUUUAGAGACAUGCCCAGUGUCUUCCACUGGACCCUCCAGCCUGAUGAUUGUCCCUUCUCUACCUCUUCUACUUGGGGACACUGACCUGCCUGGAUGGCACCAACAGGCUCCCUCGCCCUUUGGCUUCUGGUCAUAUUCGGUCCAUGGGGACCCCAGCAGGAGAAGGGAGGGAAGGUGGAAGUGAGGUGGGGAUGUUUAUUUGUCCAGCUCCCUCCCUGCAAUAUCAAGGUCACUGGGGACUCUCCUGCCGGGAGGCCUCUAGAUGACCCUGUCCAUCUCCAGGUUUCUAGAACCUCUUCCCCUCCUUGCCUCUAGCAGCGGUAUUGGCUCCCCACCCCACCCGCCCUGAGCAUUCACUCUCACUUGUGGUUUGCUUAUACCCUGUGCUUUCCCAAUAGUCUCUUUUUAAAAUGUGCCUCCAAUUACUGAACUUGAGUGUGUCAUCUUUUUGCUAUGGGACCCAACAGCUACAAGAGCUUGGCAUUUAUUAGCUCUGAUGUCCACACUGGCUUGCAACUGGAUGCUUCCUGCACCUGUGCUCAUCCUUGUGUAGGGCACUGGGGUGAUGGGUGUCACUGCAGUGUGCACAAAGUCCAUCAGUUGGGCUGAGGGCGUAAAGUGGGACAGCACCCCCCACCUGAUCUGCCCUUUUUCAAAUGUUUAAAAAACUUGGAUUUUUUAAAGAUUUAUUUUUAUUUAUUU